AAAACAUUAAAAAUCAAACAUAUGUAAUGCAACGUGAAAAGGUUUACUGUUCCCAAAACAUCUCUGAGGCUGAGAAAGAAAAGUUGCAAAAUGAUAACAGUGCUGUGAAUGCUUCUUCUGUUCAUUCAAAAUGUAAUGAAUGUAACCAUCAAUCUAUCAAUAACCAAGUUCCUGGGUCUUUAGCAGUGGAUGUGAAAAAAAUGCGUUUGCCUAAUUUCAGGUACAAUGGUGAUAAUGUUGAGUGUGAUUUAAUGUUUGCUGAAAAUAAUUUUGAGGGGAAAAAACUUAAAAAUUCAGAUAGUAGUGAAGAGCAAGAACGAAACAACCUAAGAAUUCAUACAUACAUUGGCUCUGGAAAAUCUCAAAACAAAAGAUGUAGCAAUUCUAUUAAUAUUUUGAAAUGCACCUUGGGAAAAGUCAGUUGUAAGAAUGUGGAGAUAUUUAAUAUACAAAAUACAACUAUUCCAUUGAUAACAGAAGUACUAAGGAAAGAAGUUUUAAGCAUAAAUUAUGAUAUGGACUAUUCUAAUUAUAAUAUGAAUGUAGAAUUAAUACUUGCUUCAGCAAAAAUAAUUGACAUCAAACCACACUUAACUACACAUGUUGCAACUGCAGGUAAUUGCCCUUAUCAUCCUGGGCAGGAUUUCCUGUAUUCAAGAGACAUUUGCAAUGUAUUGACUGGAAAAAAAUUAUCAGAACGAAAAAUCUGUUUUCAUGACAUGUUACUUAGAGGUUUCAAAGCAUGGCCUUCAUAUAAAGAUGUGCACAAAUAUAAAGAGGUUGACAUUAUCAUAAGCUGCUUUCUUUUGUAUGAAAUUUUAAAGUCAAAAGAACAACACAUCAUUUUAGAGGUAAUACCAAGUAUUUGUAAUAACAGUAACAAUAGUGAUACACAGAUUAAUUUGCAAGCUAAGCUUUUGGAAUAUAAAAAUGUGACAACAAUAACAAAUUGUGCUUCUUUUUUUGGUAUUAUAAGUGGUUUACAUCCAACUGAAGAAAAAUGUACACGAGUGGAAAAAUAUGCUUUAUAUUGCAGAAAACAAAUACAAUUUAACAUGUCCUUGAAUAAUAGUUGGACCAAAAACACACAAUCUCAGCAAAUUUACAAAACUUAUCCAAGCAUAUGCAAAGAAAAUAUAAACUGUACAUUAAUGAAAAGCAUAAUUUAUGAAUUGCAUCACAACGUGCGUUUCUCUAGAACUGUAGCUAAAAAGGAGGAUUCCUAUGUUCUAACUACAGAAGCUUGGUUUCAUAAACAGCAAAGAAAAUCACCUAAAGAAAGAUGUGUUACACAAUACUGUCUUUUAACCAGUGAGGAUAUAGAAAUACACAAUACUGUUUCAAUGUUUAAUAAUGAAGGGAAAGAUAUGAGCCUGGUUUUGCCAGCUGACAAUUUUGAUAGCUUUUGCUUGUGGAAAACAUUUCGGUGUAAUACCAACAAAAUACAGGAUCCGACGAAAAUAAAAUUUAGACUGAAUUAUUUACCUGCUGUUUCACAAAUAAAAAUUGAGAAGUUAACUAGGAAAUGUUCAAAUUUGCAUAAGCCAGUGGUUACAUUAAAACAGAAGAAGAAAAAGAAACAAAUCAAAAUGUACAACAGUAGCGAUUUUAUUAUGGAAAAGUUGAAAACUUUGCAUUUUAUUUUGAGUGAAAAUAAAAAAUCCAAAACCAGGGUACUCAGAAAUAGAAUAAGCUUUACAAAUGAAGCUAGAGAUUUUUUUCCAAAAUUUCUGAGAACAACUAAAAAAGUAAGCAUUGAAAAAAAAGACUAUUGCAACUGUAGAGAAUUGCCAAGAAAUUGCUGUAAGCUUGCUAAUCAAAAAUGUACUUCUUUUAUUUUUGACAAAUAUGAAAAAAUUCCUCUUAGUACUGAUUCUGAGGAAUUAGACCAGAUUCAAUUUACAAAACAUGUUAAGUCUAACAAUGAAAUUUGCAUUGAAGAGAGAAAAGUCUCCAGUUUAACAAAUAUGUAUUAUGUCCCUGAUAAAUUAAAUGAUGUUCUUCUCCCUGGAUUGCCACCAACAAUGGUAGCAACAUGUAGUUCUCUGUUACAACAAAGCAGUCAAAGAAACAAAAUGGAAUAUACAAAAGAUAUAGAUCCCCAUAUCUACUAUUUAGACAAUAAAUAUAAAUAUGUAAAUUUCCCUGCUAGUGGUAUCAAUUUUGGAAACAUCAGUUUUUCAGGUGAUAGACAAUGUGACACCUCUGCAUUCCACAGUGGUCCUCUUCCAGGUGAGGAUAAAAUGAAAAAAUCUGGAGAGAGUCAAUGCAGGAUUUCCCUGAGUCAAGAUACAAAAAUCCAGUAUGAAGAAAUUAACAGUAUUGUACAAUACCCAGCUGUAACAAAUUCUACAGUAUCUGAUAACAACUUAUACUCUAAAACUCAGGGGGAGGAAAUGACAACAUUUUCUCUAUAUGAAGACAUUCAGACAGACAGUAAUUUUGGCACAUUCAAUUCAGAGCCAAUGACUAUGACACAAAAUCUUGAAUAUUUAAAUGAGGAGGGAGAAAUAAGUGCAAAGCAAAAUUACAUAACUCAGAAAAAUCAAAAACAGACUGAAAUGAAUGGAAAUACAGCAAUUGGCUUAAUUUUGUCACAUUCAGAGGAUGAAUCUGAAAUAUGCCAUGCUUCAGUAGAAAAAUUAAAAACACAUUUUUCUAUAAAGAACAACGGAUGCUUGGAAGAUGUAGAUGAUUCAAAAAUAAAAAAUAUAACUGACUUUGAACUGAAGAGCAAAUAUGAUUUAGUGUUAGAAGAGCUUUGUGUAUUUCAUGAAAUUAGUAAAGAAAAUGAAAAGAAUAUAUCCAAAGUAGAAACAAACAAACAAGGACAUUCUUUUGAAUUAAAUAAUUCUGAGGAGAUGGAAGAACAUUUUAAAAGCAUUUCUCAAAAGAAAGUAUGCAUUUCCUCUCCAGUCUGUGCUAUUAUAGCAGGGGAAAAUGUAAAUAAGCAAAACCAAAGUUCACUGAAGGAAAAAAUAGCUAGAAAUGGAGGGCAGGAAGAGCAUGAAUCUUGUUCUUCAGAUAUGCCAGAUGAAGAAUUGCUUUACACACCUGACGAAGCUUGUAAAAAGGUGCACCCAUGGAAUCCUGCUUUUUCAUCUCAUUGGUUUAUUAAGGAAGAAAAUUUCAGUUUACAGAAACAAAGAGGAUAUUAUUUGCCACAUGAAAUUGUACGAGUUCACCCUCUUAAAACAUGCAACGGCCCUAUCAGGAUUGGGCUUUCAAGAAAAGCUAAGACCAGACAACUUCAUCCAUAUCUGAAAUAAAUUUGCAGAUUAUUUUACCAACGCUGUACUAGAGUACAGAAAAUUGUACUAGAACACUAUGGAUUACUUUGCCUGAGAAUUGCUGAAAUAUUUUUAGGUUGUUAAAGUGGAUAGUUAACUGUUUCUUUAAUUUUAACAUAUUAACACUGCUGUACCAUUUGGUGAUUUAUUUAGAUAUGCUUUUGUGACUACUCAGCAACAGAGAGAUUUUUGAUGAAUAUUUAUAAGUAAAAAUAGUAAUGGGAAAAUAAGAAACUAUUGAAGUUUAUGUAACAUUUUAAAAACUGAUGCAUGUA